UGUCCAUUUCCGUUCCAUGUCGCGACCAAAUCGUCUCGGGACGCGGUAAUCGGUUUAUUCUCUGAUUUUCUUCUAUCCUCAGAGGUGGGUGAAUCUAGAAGGAAAAAGAAGAAGCUCUUGUGAAUUUAAAUGGAUGAAACGCAACGUUGCUUAGCUACAACGCAGGGACAGAGGAUGUCUAUUCAGAAAAUCUUAGGUUACUCAUGAUUGGGGCAAAGACAAUGUUACAGCAAUAACUGAAUGAUGCUUGUCAAGCACUAGAGGUGUAUCACUGUAGCUACGGGAGUUUAGGCUAUUGACGUCAUCAUUUCUGUUAUUUUGUCAACAAACUGUAGGCCACCCCAUUGACAUGCAGUGAUAGUAGUCUGUAGGUUAGUGUCACAGUGUUGUGUUUAGGAAACAGCUACGGUAGAUAUAGUUUGUAGCCAACGCCCACCCAUCCCAUUCCAUUCCCGCCUAGUCCUUCAGUUCUAAACCCGAACAUAACCCAACAGAAGCGAACUAAACGGAACUAACCGAACGAAACCGAACCGAACGGAAUCAUGCCGUGUACGUGUGGGAACUGGAGACGGUGGAUCCGACCUCUCGUGGUCUGUCUCUAUGUAGCCCUGCUACUCGUGGUUCUGCCGCUGUGUGUCUGGGAACUACAGAAGUCUGAGGUGGGGACCCACGGUAAAGCCUGGUUCAUAGCUGGAGUGUUUGUGUUCAUGACCAUCCCCAUCUCUCUGUGGGGCAUCCUGCAGCACCUGGUACACUACACACAGCCUGAGCUACAGAAACCCAUUAUCAGGAUCCUGUGGAUGGUACCCAUCUACAGUGUGGACAGUUGGAUCGCGCUGCGCUACCCCAGUAUAGCCAUCUACGUAGACACGUGUAGAGAGUGUUACGAGGCCUACGUCAUUUACAACUUCCUCAUCUUCCUGUUAAACUACCUCUCUAACCAGUAUCCCAGUUUGGUGUUGAUGCUAGAGGUUCAGGAACAACAGAAACACCUGCCACCUCUAUGCUGCUGUCCACCAUGGGCAAUGGGAGAGGUGUUGCUGUUCCGCUGUAAGCUGGGGGUUCUACAGUACACCGUCGUCAGGCCCGUAACUACGGUGAUAGCACUUGUCUGUCAGUUGUGUGGUGUGUAUGACGAGGGAAACUUCAGCAACAGGAAUGCCUGGACCUACCUGGUCCUAGUCAACAAUAUCUCUCAACUGUUUGCCAUGUAUUGUCUGGUGCUGCUGUAUAAAGCCUUGAAGGAUGAACUGAGACAGAUUAGACCCGUUGGGAAGUUCCUCUGUGUUAAAAUGGUCGUCUUCGCCUCGUUCUGGCAGGCAGUAUUGAUAGCUAUACUGGUGAAAGUUGGAGUGAUCUCUGAUAAACACACCUGGGACUGGGACAGUGUUGAGGCUGUAGCCACUGGACUACAGGACUUUAUCAUCUGUAUAGAGAUGUUUCUAGCAGCCAUAGCCCACCACUACAGCUGUACCUAUAAACCCACC